AGAUUGGGCAUUGGAGUAAAAAAAAGAGACUGAUAGCCAUGUUUGAUGGCGUAAUUCCUUCUGUACCUCUCAAAAACCUCAGCCCAUGCCACUGAUAAAAUAGAUAAUGCCAGGCCGAGGCCUACUUUUUGAAUAUACCCUGAGGGUGACCUGUAAUGCAGCGUGACAAGGGUGCAAAGAUAGAAUAAUAGAGAGCCAGGAUGAGAAAGAUGCUUAUGCCAGGAAACACAGGCAUGCAAGUAAUCGGAAGUUCCAGAUGACCCAUGUGGGUGUUCAUGGUAUAAGCUUGUCUAUACCAUAAGCGCAACCAGCGCUUUUUUCCAUGAAGAGUGGUUUCCGGCAAGCCACCUCUCCUUUCCAACGGCCACCAUGAGCCACCUCUCUCCCCUCUUCAAGCGCAAUCCCCGUCCCCUCCCUUCCGAAUCCCAUUUCAUCUCCCUCGUCCACUCCUCCAAAUCUCCUCUCCACCUCAAACAGAUACACGCCCACCUCCUCCGCUGCCGCCUUCCCCUCACCGUGCGCCUCGCCGCGCAGCUCGUCGCCGCCUGCUCCCCUCUCCGCUCGAUGUCCUACGCCCUCUCCUUCUUCCACCACCACCACUCCAACUCGUCUCCCUCCACCCCUCUCUUCGACGCCCUCAUCCGUGCCCUCUCCGAAAAUUCCCUCUUCUCAUCCGCCCUCUCUCACUUCGCCCUCAUGGUCCGCUCUGGCCUCCGACCCGGCCGCCUCGCCUUCCCUUUUGCCCUCAAAUCCGCUGCCUCUCUUCCUGAUCCCAGCGUCGGCGCUUCCCUCCACGCCCUCGCCGCCAAGCUUGGCGUCGACCUCGAUCCUUUUGUCCGCACCUCCCAUGUCGAUAUGUAUGUCAAGCUCGGUUCGCCUGUCCUCGCGCUCCAGAUGUUUGAUGAUACUCCUGAAUGGCACAAGUCUACUAAUGUGCUCCUCUGGAAUGUCUCGAUUAGUGCAUGCUGCCAGUCGGGUGAUCUGGAGGGUGCACAGAGGCUCUUUGAGUCAAUGCCGGAGAGGAGUGUAGCUUCUUGGAACAGUAUGAUUCAUGGGUACAUGCAAAAAGGUCAUGUGUUGCGGGCAGCCGAGCUUUUCAAUCAGAUGCCUGAGAGGAAUGUGAUUUCUUGGACGACGAUGAUAGCAGGUUUCUCGCAGCUGGGUGAAAAUGAGCGGGCUUUGCGAACUUUUGAUGAGAUGUUGGAAGCUGGCAUGAGGCCUAACAAUUAUACAAUCGCAUCUGUGCUCUCUGCUUGUGCAAGGAUGGGUGCUCUGGAGAGUGGCAUUCGGAUCCAUGAGUAUGUCCUCAAGAACAGGUUUCGGGCGGAUGGAGCAAUAGGAACAGCUCUCGUUGAUAUGUAUUCAAAAUGCGGGAAGAUUGACCGUGCAAGCGAGGUAUUUGAUCAUAUGGAGGAUAGGGAUAUUCUUACUUGGACUGCAAUGAUAAUGGGUUGGGCUGUCCAUGGGAACUGGGAGCAAGCACUUCAGUGCUUCAAGGACAUGAAAUGUGCAGGUGUCAAGCCUGAUGGAGGAGUGUUCUUGGCCAUGCUAAUGGCAUGCUCGCACUCUGGAAAGGUGGAGCAUGGGCUCGAGCUGUUUGAUAGCAUGAGAUAUGAUUAUAAGAUUGAGCCAGAUGUGAAGCAUUACACCUGCAUGGUGGACCUGUUUGGAAGAGCUGGACAGCUGGAUGAAGCCCUUGCUUUCAUGGAGGCUAUGCCCAUUGAACCAGACUUUAUUGUUUGGGGUGCUCUUUUUAAUGCUUGUCAAUCUCAUAAGAAUGUUGCAUUAGCUAAAUUUGCAGCAGAGAAGCUUCUCAAACUCAAGCCUAAACAUCAGGGUAGCUACAUCUUCCUUGCCAAUGUCUAUGCUGGGGCUGGCAGAUGGGAGGAUGCCGAGAAGGUGAGGAUCACCAUGAAGGAUAGGGGCAUGGAGUUGUCACAUGGGUGGAGUAACAUUGAGGUGGAAGGAAGCGCACAUCAUUUUGUUGCUGGUGAUUGAUCUCACAUCAUGUAUUCAAUAUAGGGUUUUAGGUUGAACGAGGUAAUUUUAUACCAUGAGACUUGGCUGGAAAAUCCAGUAGAAUUGAAUUAGAUUUUCUAUUGGAUUAUAGAUUAUACCGUCUGUUGGGUAUAAAAUAUCCCUCCGGCCGAAGUUUGUAAAAGAUCGAUCCUUCGGGGCUCUUCCGGCUCCCGACCUUGUAUGUGGCGUCUCUCCGAACUUCCUCAA